AUGUCCAUGAGAGAAAGGGAGACUUUGAAAACGUAUUCGGACAGAUAUUGGGAGAUGUUCAACGAGAUCGAUGGAGACUUUGAUGAUGUGGCUUUAAGGAAUUUUAAGGUCGGCCUGCCUGCCGAGCAUGAUUUGAGAAAGUCCUUGACUAAGAAGCUGGUGGUUAAUACGGUAUUCCGAGAACCAGUACAUCAAGUCUUAGAGAAAAUCAAGAUUGAGCCAUACUUCAAAUGGCCAAACAAGAUGGGAGGAGACCCCAUGAGGCGCGACCAAAGUCUUCAUUGCCAAUACCACCAGGAACGAGGACAUAUCACCGAGGAUUGUAGAACUUUGUGGAACCAUCUGGAGCAAUUGGUCAGACAUGGAAGGAGAACUGAUUCUCAUCCCUACAAGGUGAUGUCUGUAACUCGGCCACCCGCCGAGGACUCUAAUUCUGAGUCGAAGAGGGCUAGGGUGGAGAUUCGACCGGCAUUGAGUUUUUCGGAUGAGGAUAAAAUUGGAACUAUACAGCCACAUGAUGAUGCUUUAGUGGUCACCCUCAGGAUAAGAGGUUAUAAUGUGAAGAGAGUGUUGGUAGACCAGGGCAACGGUGCAGAAAUCAUGUAUCCUGAUCUAUAUGAGGGCUGA